AUGACGAAGGUGGAAAUUCCGCUCAAGAACAAAUCGGACCCAUCGGAAACAUUCAUUCAAAACGAGAAGGACGUUGAGGUGCGGGUACGGGCACCAAAAAAGGUGUUGCAUUUUAGCGAUGGCACGUUGGAAGAGUUCAGCGACGAUGAGGAGGAUCAGGUCGAUAAACCGGAACCAAUCUCGGUGGAUGAGUCUAAACUGAACUGGAGCGAAUGGAUGCGUUACAAGACGUGCAAGCUGGGAAACACCGUGCUGGCCGGGUGUGAUUAUGUCGGUGAAGGACUCGCUUCGUUCCUGGGCAUCACAACACCGAAAUACAGCUAUGAGAUCGAAGAAUUCAAACGGAUGCAAGCGGAGCAGCAGGCUGAAGAUCGUGCAAUCCAAACGUUCGUCGAGCAAAACCGUCCCCAGCAUACGAGCCACAGUGUUUUACAAGCACCAUCCGCCACCAGCUCGACGGCAAUGACAAACGCAAAGAACACCAAAGACAGUAGUGAAGUGUGUGUGGAAAACGAAAUUCAAAAAUUCUGA